AUGGCGAUCCCGCAACGUACCAUAAAACUCGUUGUCAUCGGCGCUGCUGGAGUGGGUAAAACCAGUAUACGAGGACAAUAUAUCUCUCAAAGGUUUUCGACCGGAUACCGAGCAACAAUUGGCGCGGAUUUCAUUACUAAGGUCGUCCAAGUCGAUGAACGCGAAGGUUCAGAAGAGACGGAGAGGGUUACGCUGCAAAUUUGGGAUACCGCGGGCCAAGAACGUUUCUCCUCGCUUUCUUCUGCCUUUUUUCGUGGUGCAGACGCCGCAGUGCUGGUAUUCGACGUCAAUGCGCCCGAGACGCUCCGGGCUUUGGUGAAGUGGUGGGAAGAGUUUAAAGUUCACGCGCCAUUGGAGGACGACGAGUUGGGGAGUUUUUGCUGCGUGGUAGUUGGAAAUAAGGUCGAUCUG